GGAUAAUCCGUUGGGUGGGGCUCGGGGCGGAUAUGUUUGGAUCCGGCCCCAACCGCGACCCGCAUUUGACGGGCUGCGGGUUACCCGCCAUCUGUUAACGGGCCUCAAAGGCCGGGCGAAAUAGGCCCAUGGUGGGCGGGCUUCGGGCGGAUACCCGAAAACGGGCCUUAGCCUGCCAUCCCUAAUCCAACUUGAUAUCACACUCAUAUAAUUGGUCUAAUUAAAGUAUACUUUAUCACAUUUUGGCUUUGUAUAAGUUAGGCAUGUCCUUAUUAUAAGAACAUUAUGUGAAUAUAGUGCUCUGUAAGCUAAGGUUUGUGCUUGACCUUUAUUCACGCCACACUAGUCCAGAUUAUACACCUCUUGAAUUAAGGUUACAUUAGUUCAUCGUCUUUGGCGUAGCUCAAAUGACAAAGCACUACCACAAUUGAGCAGUUAGGCCAUAUUGAGCUACACAAAUCCAAGCAUUAAUGCCCAAUCCAAGCGAAGUUGUUUGUCAUUGUUGAACUAGCCUUACCAUAUUCAUACAUGCAUUGUUCUUGCAAUCCAAAUAUGUAUUCUUAACAUGCUUAUAUGUCAGAUAUUCAUUGAUAUUCGUGACCCUGUUAAAGAAUAUGAGACUCCAUUCAUUGAUAUUUAUGAACUCGUUAGUAAAUUUUAUGCAACUUCAACACUAGACAUAUUAGUUCGAAGAUGUUUUUGUCGACAAGUUUUAAUUGGAUAAAAUUUUCUAAUAUAUUGGUCGAGAUAGGUUUAGAGAGGCAUCAAAGCCCAAAAUACAACAUGUUGUUUAUGUAGGGACUAAGGAGAGGUAACAAAGCACAACAUAGACUCUUCUGGCUAAGUUGGUCUAGUGAAACUUGGGAGGCGGAGUCUUUGUUAGUUUGUUUAUACAUGGGGAGUUAUCUUCCAAAUCCUUCCUUUUAGAGGCGAGGAGGAACUCUUUUUCAUAGUGGUGAUCGUAUUGGAUCUUGUAUGGUCGUGAUUUGUUGUACAAUGGGCUAUUGAUAAAUUGUAUUGAGUACGAUUGUGGAAGUGUUAACUUAUAAUUGGGUGCAUGUCAUUCAUCCUCAUCCUCUGUACCCAUGUCAAAGGAUUGUCGGGGUGCAAGGGUUGUGGCUCUUUGAUUCAUCGCGACUGGGGGUUUGACGUGUGGAUGGUUUGCAACAUUUUUUUUAUGAGGAAACGGUGUGUGAAAUCAUGACUAUUCCUUUGUCAAUUGAGCUUUAUCCCUUAUCAUUUGCUUUGAAUUGGAGAUACCUCAAGGGUGAAUUAGGUUGUCAUAGUACCAUGUAGAAGGUGGUGUUGCGAAAGCAUAGGGAAUUGGGGGUGAAAUAAGGGGCUCUUAUGAGUAAUGAGUUAUGAAAGCUUUGGGGGUGUCCUGAUCCUCCCUAACUAGUUGAACUUCUUAUGAGUGAAAGUUUUUGUUCUUAUUAACCGACGAGGCUCUGUUUCUAGCAGAGUUGGGGAUGCAUUGGUGCUUCGUUUGCAAGGAGGUAAAAUCAUUGGAGCACCUCUUAUUCGUUGUCAUCUAGCUUAUUAGCUAAGAGGGCUGAUUAAUUUGUUGGAUUUCAAUGAUGAUUCACCCCUUAAUCAUAUGGGGAUUUUUGGCAUAGGUUGCUUGAUAUGGGGGAUUUGGAUAAUGUAUAUGGGAUUAUCGAUAUUUUGACAAAUAUGGUAUGUUCAGAACUGGGGUCUUUGACCUCACUUAGUUCACAAUACAUGUGUUGCUUUUGUAGGUUGCGAAGUGGGAUUCUAUGUCGAUUGAGUCGCCCCAACAUGUUCAGGAUUCGGGGGAUAACAGUGCUACAUCUUUCCUCUCAAGGGAAUUAGUAAUGUUCAUGGAUCCUACAUAUAGUGGAUCCCAUAGGCUGGGUUUUGCAGGAUUCUUCGAGCAAGGUGGUGGUAGAUUCUGUGGCUUUGUAUGUGGACAUCUCGUACUCUUUCCUAAUCGAGUUUCUUGCUCUUCUUGAUGUACUUUGGUGAUGUGUGGCUAGGUUAUAUAAGGUUCGUGAUCUUUGCGAGUGAUGUAAACAUGAUGUUUGAUAAGAUUAUGGAGGGAAAAACUGUUGAUGCUCGUGAGGGGUGGCUAUGAGUCGUCAUUUUGAGCGUUCUAAACUCGUCUUUAUUGAUAGUAAUUGUAUUAGGGUUGUCCAUUUUGUGAUAUGAAAACUAUUUCUUUGUCGUCUUAUUUGGUCGACUUUGAUUUUGUUUCUUGGUUGUUUUCGGUCACGUGAAUUUCUUGUAGUUAAUUGUUUUCUCAAUAAUAAGAGUGAUACUAGAGUGGGAAAACUUGUGUUGUAUUUUUUGGAUUUUUUAUGAAUUUAUUAUUUAUAUGAAUGAAAAUGAAGGAGAAAAAAGGAGGAAGUAAUUUUCUACGCAUACACAUACUAAUGAUUGUAAAAUUGUAUCAAAAGUUAUAUUGAAAAAGUAGUAAUAAGAUAGUUUGUAUUUUGUACAAUAACCAUGGCUCGAUGGUUUUCUACCAAUAAAAUUGCAUAUAGAUUUGGGUUUUAUAUCCAGUAAUUCAUGUAUGACUAACCAUCGUAGUUAGGGGUGUGCAAUGGCCUGAUCAGAAUCGAACCGCCGUAGUUGGUCCCCAUGAAUUUUACCAUUACUAAAGAAAUGAUGAACCAAACUAGAUUUAGAUCAGACCAAGGUUGUCAACCCGUGGGUUGACCGGGACCCGGUUGAGCUAGUGGGUUAAGGGUUAAUGGGUCACCCGUUUUAGCCCGGUUUAGCCCGGAAAUAUGGAAAGUGUCACUAUAUUGUACUUAUCCUGAUAAAUUAUAUCAAAUCUCAUCUAACAUAUGAGUUAUAACAUAUAAUAUUACACCAAAAUAACAUGUCGUACUUAGAUUCAACAUAUAGUGAAAAUUCACACACACUUAUAUAACAUUAAUAUUCAAAUGUUCAACUUAGGAUUCCAAAGAUUAAGUUAGGCGAAAAGAAAAAUCGGAAAAUAGGCGCAUUUCGCAAAACAAAGAAAAAAAUGACACAAUUUGACCUCUAACCCGGUACCUUGUAGCGGUCGACCCGGUAGGUACGUGCGGCCCUUGGUCGACCCGCGGAUCAACCUGCAGAUUGACAACCUUGGAUCAGACCGAACCAAACCGUAUACAAUAAUAUCCAAUCCUUGAUUUUAAGAUGUAUUUCACUAAUAAACCGCGAUUCAGGUGAGUUUAGUUCGGUCUGGACUCUGGACCUGACCUACACAAACAAACUAGGACUCUCCCCCGUCAGCUUUUUUACCUUAAGAUUUGGGUUUUAAAUUAUUUAAAAACCGGAAAGUUCAAAUUGAUAUUUCGGAGUGAAAAUAAAGAAAAAGGAAAUUAUAAUAUAUAUAUCCUUUCCAUACACAAUUUUAGGUCUCUCUCAUAUUCUUUCUCUUUCUCUUUCUCCCUAUCGUCUCUAUCCCAAUCUCUAUCUCUCUCAUAUUUUUUUCUCUGCGGAGUUCCAUUCUCUCUCCUCUCUCUUCUUUCUCUCUCCAGCAGAAAGGGCAAAAAAACCCUAAAGAGCCGUUUGCACCCAUCCAGCAGUAAGUUUCUCUCACCUUACCUAUCGUCUCUCUUCUUUCUCUUUCCGUCUCUCUUUCUCUUUCUUAAAUUGUUUUUUGAAUACAUGGGUCCUGCGUACUAUUGAACAACCUGCCUUUUAUAUUCAGCGCUUUGUGUAACAUACUAACAUCUGAUUCAGGAAAAAAAUGGAGUUUCAUUUUUGGCCUUUUCGUUUCGUUUUCCGCCUGGAUCUGUACCUGAUUUCGAAACCCUAGAUUGCGAGGAGGCGGCUCUUAGAUAUGCUCUGCGGGAAUGUGAAUGUGAUGUAGAUCUGGUGAUAGGUUUUCCAUUUGACGGGUUACGAAGUUUUUCUUUUGUUUGGUUGCUGUCUGGAUCUCAAAAGAUGGAAUUGAAUCUAGUGAUUAGGUUUUUUGUUUUUGAUUACGGGCAAUGGGUGUUUUCUCUGCGAAUCUCUCAAUGGCUACUGCUCUGAAGUUAUCCGUUCGGAUCUGAGCUAAAUGUAGUACGAUAUGGGGGGUUUGGGAUUAGGCAUUUUUGCUGACGGCUUCGAUGUGGCUAUGGGUUGCCUAGAAUCGACGGGAUCUGGGAUGGGUCGUGAAUAAUAUCGGGAAAUCUGGUUUCUUGCGGGUUGAAUGUGUUAUUAUGUGUUUGGGGCUGCAUUAGUUUGUUUCUCGUAUUGCAGUUGAUUUAUUGAUCUGCAAGUUCAUUUGUGUUGGAUGCUGAUUUUGUUGCUAUUGUAUGUGUGCAGCUGUGAAUGAUGGAUGACGAUGCACUCAACAUGCGGAAUUGGGGUGGUUACUAUGAACCCUCAUUCAGAGGGCAUCUCAGUCUGCAGCUAACUACGAGCAUGGCAGCAGAGCGAGACACCAAGCAUUUCCUGCCCAGCCGAGAUCCAAACAACAUCAUGCUCAAUGUGAAUGCUGGUGGAGGAGGCUACCAUCAUCGCGAGUUUAUGGUUUCCGAUUCCCAUAUCCCCAUGAACUACAUGAGGGACACUUGGAUGAACCAGAGGGAUAAUAAGUUCCCAAGUUUGAUGCCUCACAACCCUAAUAAUAGUUACCCUGUUCUUCCGGAGACUUCAGCUGCUCAUUCUCUGCAAGCAUUACCCCCACCGAGAGAUGACAAGCUGUGUAGAAUGGAAGAGCCGGUUAUGCUUAAAGAACCAGAGCAACCGACAAAGAAGAGGCAGGGGAGUGGUGCCCCAAAACCCCCCAAGGCAAAGAAACCAAGGAAGCCAAAGGACCCCAACAGUAACCCUGCUCAGCGCGCAAAGCCUGUCAAGAAGAGUAUGGAUAUGGUGAUAAAUGGGAUCGAUAUGGACAUAUCUGGGAUUCCUAUUCCGGUUUGUUCAUGCACAGGGAGUCCUCAGCAGUGCUAUAGAUGGGGGUGCGGCGGAUGGCAGUCUGCUUGUUGUACUACUAAUGUAUCAGUGUAUCCUUUGCCAAUGAGCACCAAGAGACGAGGUGCAAGGAUUGCUGGGAGGAAGAUGAGCCAGGGCGCCUUUAAGAAGGUGUUGGAGAAACUCGCUGCUGAAGGUUAUAACUUCAGCAACGCAAUUGAUUUGAAGCUUCAUUGGGCGAAGCAUGGUACCAACAAGUUUGUUACUAUUAGGUAGAAGUUUGCAGAGGGGGUGGAAAUGAGUAGCGAGUUGACUCCAACGACAACCAUCGGUUCUGGGUUCUGGUUCUCCUUGUAUGUAUAUCUGUGGACUUUUGCAGAGAUCUGUUGGGGGGUUCAUUGUACUUCCAUGAGUUUUUCCCAGCCAUGAUACUUGGUUCUUUGAUUUCUUGUUUCCGCUAAUUUGGAACAUUUGUUCUCUAGAAUUGUUGUCAUUUUCAUUCUCUUUUGCCGUUGGUUCUCGUUAUAACUGUUAGUAAUUUCUAUCAAGCAGGGAUGUAAGGUUAUGAAUGAGGUUAUCAAUUUGUUCUUUUGCAUUCAAUGAUUAUCUUUUGUUCAUCAUGUUGCAGAUUGUUUUGUUGGCCUUGGCCAUUGAUGCUCUCUAACAUCAGAGAUUUUGUGCAUAAUCUUUACUACUUUCUGCAUAGGUUAACGAAACCCUGAACCCGGGUCGAAGUGGUGGAUCUGGGUUGUCCAAUGGGCUUGUAUCACCUGAUUGGCUCAUAUGAGAACCGGUUGGGCUCUACUCUUAUUUGGGCCGACCCACCAUCACUGGGCCAGUUCAAAAGGCUUGAUCAAAAGAAGAUGAAAAUUGAUAGGAUUUAAUAAGGCAAACGAUCCGUA